GGAGCUCCAGAUCGCCGCUGCCGCCGCCUCGAUCCGGCCAUGGACAACUACGUGAAGCUCGAGAAGGUCGGGGAAGGGACCUAUGGCAAGGUCUACAAGGCGCGAGAGAAGAAUUCCGGGCGCCUGGUAGCGCUCAAGAAGACGCGGCUCGAAAUGGAGGAGGAGGGAGUGCCAUCGACGGCGUUGCGCGAGGUCUCGCUGCUCCAGAUGCUGUCCCAGAGCAUCUAUGUCGUGAGGCUCCUGUGCGUGGAACACGUCGAUAAGAAGGGAAAGCCAAUGCUUUAUCUGGUUUUCGAGUUCCUGGACACAGAUCUGAAGAAGUACAUCGAUCUGUUUGGCCGCGGCAACACUGGGCGUCCUAUUCCUCCGAAGAUCAUCCAGAGUUUCAUGUAUCAGCUGUGCAAGGGCGUCGCGCAUUGCCACAGCCAUGGAGUGAUGCACAGGGACCUCAAGCCGCAAAACCUUCUCGUCGACAAGGAGAAAGGAAUCUUAAAGAUUGCUGACUUGGGACUCGGCCGGGCUUUCACUGUUCCCUUGAAGAGCUAUACCCACGAGAUCGUGACACUGUGGUAUCGUGCCCCGGAAGUACUUUUGGGUGCUACUCACUACUCCAUUCCUGUAGAUAUUUGGUCCGUCGGCUGCAUUUUCGCCGAGCUCUCCAGGAAGGUCCCGCUAUUUCCAGGCGACUCAGAGCUGCAACAACUGCUUCACAUUUUCAGGCUCCUGGGUACUCCGAACGAUGAAAUCUGGCCGGGAGUGAGCAAGCUCCGUGACUGGCACGAGUUCCCGCAGUGGAAACCACAAAACAUAAGCCGCGCCGUUCCGGACCUUGAUCCCAAAGGAGUGGACUUGCUGACUAAAAUGCUGCAAUACGAUCCUUCCAAGCGGAUCUCUGCAAAGGCAGCAAUGCAACACCCUUACUUCGAAAACCUCGACAAGUCGCAGUUUUAAGAAGUCAGAGUGAGAGACACUACCGACCUGAAGCCUUUGCUUCUGUACAUAGCUACAGGUACACUAGUUCUUCUAGCUGGAGUGUCGAGACUGUGUGUGGUCUGGUUCAAAAAACAAUGCUCUCUUUGUUUUCUUUAUAGGGUUGAAUGCCAUUUUAAGUAUUUUA